GUUACAGUGGAUAACUAGUGGUUGAUCUCUCCAAUCCUAGUAAAACUCACUCACUCCAUAUUAAACCAGGAAUAUAUUUCUAAUGUUGACCAUGCUGGUGGUGGCUGCUUUAACAAGGAUAAGCUGUAUUCAUAGCAUGCCUUACAACAAUCAGUAUGGUAGUCACAUACUAAAAGUAUUCAGCGAAGAUGAUAUGACACCAGACUUCAGAGAACUCCUGGUCAGCCAGGACACCCAGGAUCGGGAAGUCAAGAAACCGACACAGGCUACAGAUGAGAAAUUAAACGUUACAGAUGAAACUACAAUGCGUGGAGACAAUACUACUACAGAAAAACCAGCAAACAUAUCCAUACCAAUACAGCAGAAUUCAGAAGAAACACAGCCACAGGACAAGAAGAUACUCAACCCCAAUGAUGAAGUGGACGUCGUGGACCGCGAGGACCACGUCACUCAAUACCUGUCAGACCUGUUGGUCAACACAGACAGUGAAAUUACUAGCCUUCAGGCCACCGAAACAGAAGAUGACCGCGAAGGUAUAGAUUUCACUUCCGUGCUUCGCUCCCAAGUGCCAUAGCGUGAUGAUAGGUCAGCAGAAACCAUUUGAGGCGGAAGGUGCCUGGUGAUCAAGAAAAUGAAGUAUAAGUAAUACCAUUUUAAGUCAGUAAUUUACAUAAAAUAUUGGGAUACAACAAAUUUAAUUUAUUAAGUACCUACAU